UUGCUGGCUCACUUCCUGCGGAGGGAAAAACGAAAUUUGAAGAAUUCGAAUACAUGUAGAAUAACUUUUCCCACGUCUGAUUUGUGGUGUGAUCUUUGGCGUUUGCUGUUUUUUAGAAGAAACAGGAUGAAAAGAACAUUCCCAAGGGCCAGACAGAAAUCAAUCAUCAAGAAAUAUCAGAAGAAAGCAAGGCUAUCACGAAAUGUUGACAUUUUGAUUUUUCUAGACUACCUACUGUUUCUCAAACGACUUGCAGCAGAGGCAAAUAUAAAAGUACAGGAGGACAGGGAGAGGACCUUAAAAAGUUAUCAUGUCAACGCUGUGUUUAAGAAUGUGUUGAAGAGUUGCAAAGGAUGAUGAUGAUUUGUAAAUAAAGCGCCUUCACCAUGAAGAAGUUCCAUUGUGAAGGCUUCAUGUAUCAAUUGCUAUGAUGUGGCUACAAUCAUUUUGAAUCUCUGUCAAGUUACUGAUGGUUUGCUUUUCUUGUAAAGUUCAGGAGACAUAAAAUUAGUUUUUGUUUUCCAUGUUCAACCAUUCACAAGGAAAUAAUCCAAAAUUUUUAUCCUUCUGGUCGACUGUAAAGCACGUUGUAUCUUUCAAUUUAAAUUCAAUAAAGAUAUUUAUUUAAGAUGUGUA